CGGAGUCAUACCAAAGACGGCAGAACUGUUAAAUCUGUGAACUUGCGUACUUUAAUUAACCUAGUUUUGGUGUCUUUGAAGGCUUCCUUUAAGAUAACAACUAGCAACUAGACGUCAACAUUACCGUGGCUCUGACUGACGGAAGUUGAGACUGGAACUUUCUGCAGACACACUCUCCCUCUCUCUCUCUCUCUCUCUCUCUCCCUCACACACUCACAUACACGCACACACACACCCUUUGGCUGCGUGUGUGUGCGGCGCCACAUCGAAACAGCUGGAAUAUACACUGAGCGUCGGAAAAUCUGCAUCAUGCUGCCGCUGGUCCUGCUACAAUUGUUGGUCCUUGUUUCCUGCUCUCCUCCGCGGUGUGACCCAAGUAUCAGAGGACUGUGCAAACCAAUACUGGAAGAAAAACCCAAAUGCUCAGACGUCCAGUUGUCCUACUGCGAUGACAUGCCCUACACUCAGACCAUGUUCCCCAACAUCCUUGGACACAAGAGCCGCGAAGAGUCUGAGGCGGGGGCCGAGUACCUCCUCAUGAGCGUGGUUGAGUCCCUGCUCGGUGGAGAGUGCAACCCAGAGAUCCGCAUGCUGGGCUGCUCGGUGCUGACUCCACGCUGUGAGAAGGCGAAGGUGCUAAGGCCCUGCCGCAGCACCUGCGAGGCGGUGCGCAAACAGUGCAGCCAUGCUUUUGACGGGAUACAGAUGGCUUGGCCCUACUUCCUGGACUGUGAUCGCUUCUUUGUUGGUGAACAAGAAGGAUGUUAUGACCCACUGGAAGGGCUUAAAGAGCAGGAUGCUGCGGCCAUCGACAGCAUGGAAAUGGAGAUUGUUCCUCCAGAGGAACCUGGGACCUCGAUGAAGUUCACCUACCACUCCAAUGCCCAGAUGAUCAGUGUCCUGCAGAAAACUGAGGAGCAGUGCUCAAGCAUUGCCAGAACCUACAGCAUUGGACGCAGCAUGGAGGGCAGGGAGCUGCUAGUCAUUGAGUUCUCAGACAACCCUGGCCAACAUGAGCUGCUCGAGCCGGAGAUGAAGUACAUUGGCAACAUGCACGGAAAUGAAGUCCUGGGCCGCCAGCUGCUCAUCUACUUGGCUCAGUACCUGUGCUCCGAGUAUCUGCUGGGAAACGAGCGUGUCCAGACCCUCAUCAACACCACACGCAUCCACAUUCUGCCCUCCAUGAACCCUGAUGGAUACGAGGUGGCUGUUAAUGGAGUCCAGGACAAUAAUUAUGAUGAUAACGAGGACACCAAUGCCCAACAGGGUCAACGAUAUGAUACUUGGAACAUCGGACGAAACAACGCUCAGAACAUUGACCUGAACAGAAACUUUCCAGAUUUGACUUCCAUUGUUUACAGCAGACGCAGAAAAAGAACCUUCCGCACUGACCAUUUCCCAAUCCCAGACUAUUACUGGUUUGGUAAGGUUGCACCAGAGACGUACGCCGUCAUGAAAUGGAUCCGCUCAAUCCCGUUUGUGCUGUCUGCGAACUUCCACGGCGGUGACCUGGUGGUGUCGUACCCCUUCGAUCUGUCACAACACCCGCAUGAACACAACAUGCUCUCCAAAACACCCGACGAUCAGGUUUUCAAGUUCCUGGCCAAAGCAUAUGCAAACGCCCACGAAACAAUGUCUUAUGAGAACGUCAGGUGUGGAUCGUCUCAUACUUUCAGUCAGAAAGGAAUCGUCAAUGGAGCACAGUGGUCCAGCUUUGCAGGAGGUAUGCAAGACUUCAACUAUCUUCACACCAACUGUUUUGAGGUGACUGUGGAGGUGGGUUGUGAUAAAUUCCCUCCUGAAGAGGACCUUUUUAUCGCCUGGCAUGAAAACCAAGAGGCUUUGCUCACAUUCAUGGAGCAUGUCCAUCAUGGUAUCAAAGGCAUCAUAAAAGAUGAAGAGGGAAAUGGAAUAAAAGGCGCACGGAUAUCAGUCAAAGGAAUACGGCAUGAUAUCACCACAGUUGAAAAUGGAGAAUACUGGCGCCUCCUCACCCCUGGCACCCACAUCCUUACUGCCUCGGCCCCAGGCUACACUAAAGCUAUGAAGAAAGUCCGCCUGCCUCCUGGCAUGCACACGGCGGGCCGAGUGGACUUUGUACUGAAUAAAGCUGCACCAGAGCCUGACCAGGAGGACCAUGCGAUCCCGACCAUGGACAGCUAUGGCCGCUUUGACCCUUACAACCAGUACGAGCGCUACACCUUGAUGGCCGAUCAGAGCCAGAACCGUGAGGAGAGAGCAGAAAAGCCCUGGUGGUGGAACUACUUUGUCCUACCUGGUAGACCUGUCCCUACCUGGCUGUUAAAACAAUAUUAGAGCUUCGAUAAAUGGAAGUGGAAGCAG